AUGCAGCUUCUAUUGAGUAUCCUGUGGCUCUUCCUCGUCGUCGCAGCGACCCGUAACACGGAAAACACAGAAAAUAGCACGGGCUUGGACUCAAUACGCAAUGGAGUUUAUUGGAACCACCAACCUGUCACUGGUCACGACGAUCAGUGCACGUCUAGCACCCACCAACAUAAUGCAACCUCGGCCAUGUGCGACCCCAGCACAGUUGUGAGCCUCUCGGAUCCGCGUUGCCGACUUGGAACAGCAAGUCUUGUAGAUGACUGCCACUCACUUAUCAAGGACCUUGAGGACUUGGACGGUGGUGGGUUUUGGGGGUUCUCGAGUGAAUCUACUAUCGUUGUCGCCAGCCACGGAACCUGCAGCUUCAGUGUCACAGUCGAAAACAAUGUCGGGCUGUUUAAUAUCGGCACAAAGGAUGUGAUCAACCUCACCUUACCUCUCCAGCAAGACUGCAACGGGAAAGCGAUGGUGGCGGUGUCAGGUGCAACGUCGUGCAAAUACAAGUACGAAGACGUCGAGACUGUAUGGCUGCUCGGCGGUCCUAGCCAGAUCUGUGACGGUGGAAGCGGAUAG